AUGGAAGAUGAUGAGAACGCAAUUAAGAUUGUGUUGUUAGGAGACAGCGGUGUUGGCAAAACAUCAAUCGUUUCUAUGUUUGUUAGUGGUGCAAUGCCAGAGGUUGCAGCUCCAACGGUAGGUGCUGCAUUUGUCACAAAACAAUUUGAACUGAAUAAUAACACAUUUAACUUAUUCAUUUGGGAUACAGCCGGCCAAGAAUUAUACCGUGGUCUUGCCCCAAUGUAUUACAGAAAUGCUUCAAUUGCUUUUAUUGUUUUUGACAUAUCAAGAGAAGUCACAUUCAAUUCGGUCGCAUACUGGAUUGAAGAACUUAGAGAAAAUAGUACUGAAGAUGUUAUUAUUGUAAUUGUAGGAAACAAGAACGACCUUGAGAGAAAUAUCGAUAUGGCUAAAUGCGAGCAGUUUGCAACUGAACACAAAGCAAUUUAUUGUGAAACAAGUGCCACAACGGCAACAGGAAUUGAUCGAAUCUUCCAACUUGCAAUCGGAGAAUACGAAAGGACUCAAAUGAAUACUUCAACAAGCGAAAUAAAGGCAGAUACAGUCAAUAUUUCUGAAAAGAAAAAGAAAGAGAAAACAGGUUGCUGUUAA